ACUCGAUACAUCAGGACCUGAAUAUCAUUGGCCUUUAAAUGUGAAGGAGAAAUAUUUGUCUGUUCUGUCUGUGGAAAAAGAUUUCAAACAUCAGUGUGACUGGAAAAGCACUUGAGACACACACACCCGAGUGAGAGUGUUCCAGUGCACAACUGUGGAAAGAGCUUUAACCAGUUGGCCUGAGAAAGCAUCGCAUUGUUCACAGUGGGAGGAACAGUACAUGUGUUGUGUGUAUGGAUGAGGCUUCAACUAAUCAUCCAACCGGAAGAGACACAUGGACACGGGGACCAUGGAGAAACCAUGGAAAUGUGAGGACUGUGGGAAAGGAUUCAAUUAUCCAUCCCUUCAGGAAAUCCAUCGAUGCAGCCACAUUGGGGCCGGCGCCAUGGAGAAACUGUGGAAAUGUGAGGACGUGGUAAAGGAUUCUAUUAUCCAGUCACAGCCGUUCAUCUGUUCCGUGUGUGGGAAGGGAUUUACUCGAACAUCCUGCCUCAUGUUACACCAGCAAAUUCACGUUGAAGAGAAGCCAUUCAACUGUACUUCCUGUAGAAAGAGGUUCAGGCAUUCAUCUGCCCUUGUUGAACACCAGCGUGUUCACACUAGGGAGAAGCCAUUCACCUGCUCUGUGUGUGGGAGGGGAUUUGCUCGGUCAUCCACCCUGCUGUCACACCAGCGCAUUCACACUGGGGAGAGGCCGUUUUACUUCACUUGCUGUGGAAUGUGGUUCAGGCGUUCAGCCGACCUCGAUUCACAUAAGCGAGUUCACACCGGGGAGAGGCCGUUCACCUGCUCUGUGUGUGGGAAGGGAUUCACUCAGUCAGCCACCCUGCUGAUACACCAGCGAGCUUACACUGGGGAGAAGCCAUUCAUCUGCACUUCAUGUGGGAAGAGUUUCAGGCUGUCAUCCACCCUCACUGCUCACCAACGCACACACACUGGGGAGAAACCGUUCACCUGUUCCGUGUGUGGGAAGGGAUUCACUCAGUCUGGGAGCCUAUAAUUACACGAACGCACUCACACUGGGGAGAAGCCAUUCACCUGCUCCACGUGUGGGAAGGGAUUCACUCAGUCUGGCAGCCUGCAUUUACAUGAACGCACUCAUACUGGAGAGAAGCCAUUCACCUGCUCCGUUUGUGGGAAGGGAUUCACUCAGCCUGGCAGCCUGCAUUUACAUGAAUGCACACAUACCGAAGAGAAGCCAUUCACCUGAUCCAUGUGAUUCACUCAGCCUGGCAGCCUGCUGAGACACCAAUGAGUUCACAAGUGACUGCAAAGCUUGGAUUCUGCUGUUAUUUACAUCCAGGAUUGACAAUAUCUGGUUUGUUUCUGCUGAUGUUAACAGCAUAUAACUGGCUGGAGCUUAAUACUCUGGAGAUGUCACUGAUUUUUGG